AUGCGUGGAUGUCUAGUCGGACGCUCCUGCUGCACCGGACCAGUGCGCCUCGCACACUGCACAGCCUGUAGACUGGCGAUCCCGCCAGAGCCAACGACACCACCGGGCCUCCGCGACUCCCGCAACGUGGAGCGGACGUGGAGAUCCUCCAGUGAGCCAGGGCCCACAACAUGCAACUCGAAUGCCGUCGUCGGCCCACUCGACACCACAGGCCGAACAACGCCACCGCCGCCACCACCGGGCAUUGGUGAAUGUCUCCGGCGAGUAGCAGACAAAGAACGAUGA